GUCAGUUUGGGUAAUUCACUCUGUUUCAUUUCCUUCUGAUAAGUUAAGUUAAAUGUUAACGCAGCUGAACGUGAGUCAUCCAGGUCGUUGUCUAACUGUGACUGUGGACCAACGGUAUAAAUACAAGUGUGUCAGUGUGUCAGUGUUCGACUCCUGGAAACAUGCUCCACUUCACACUCAGCUGCUCGUUGUUGCUCGCAGCGACAUGCUCGCUCAUGACAACAGAUGUUUCCGCAGAGAGAGUCGUCACCUGUGACAACGACGGGAACGUCCAGCGUCUGAGCUGCGACAGCGGAGUGAUCAGCGUGCAGGACGCUUUGUACGGACGCACAGACAGACAGACGUGCAGCGAGGGCCGACCUCCGCAGCAGCUCCUCAACACAGCAUGUUCUCUGCAGGGGACCUUUGACCUCCUGAGGACGAGGUGUGACGGGAAGAGAGUUUGUGAACUGAACACAAACGACGCCCGAAGGUCGGAUCCCUGCGUCGGCACCUUUAAAUACUUGGAGACCAAUUACACCUGUUUCCCAGCAAGUCAGUAACACGCGUGUCACAUGACACUCAGGAUCUAUUCAUGUGUG